CUUGGAGCAAGUCUAUUCAUACCCGGCCCUGUGGUGUAGUUGAGGAAGAUGUCCCCGUGAAGCUACCGUAGAUCUGUGGCAGUGACAUGCGUCACUAACCCUGAGCGUCCUGCGCAGCAAGACUGAAGGCGGAUGUAUCGCCCGGUAUUACCUAAGCCGCAAUACCCAACAUCUCGCGACACAAACAAGAAAUGAAACGGAACUUCUAACUGUCAGUGUGAUGGCGACUACCACGGGUGAGCAGCACCACGUUGUGUGGCUGAUGAUGCUGAUGUUUACAACAACUGCCGUGCAUGGGCAGUGUAAUGAAGCUCUGGGCCUUGAAAGUGGCAUCGUAGAGGAUACCCAAAUAACAGCGUCAUCUUCAAAAUAUUAUUCCCAGCCGCCUUCUACAGCAAGACUUCAUGGUCAAUAUGGAUGGGUGCCUCGGUCUACAGAAGAUUACUUGAGAAUUGACUUCCUGGACUUCAAGGAGAUAACUGGCCUGUCGGUGCAGGGAGCCCGUUACAAAAAAAUAACUUCGUUGUCGCUUUUCUACAGCUUGGAUGGACUUGUAUGGGAGACGUACACGGAGAACCAGGGCAACCAAGAUAUUGACGUGACUGCAGAGUCAUGGUCUGAUGUUGUCAAAAUAGAACUGGACUCUCCAAUUAAAGCGAGAUAUGUUGCCGUCAGCCCCAGAUCCACCAACUCUGGUGUACGCCUCGAGGUUCAUGGCUGCAACACCUCCGUUGACCAGGGACAACCCACAGUGAUAAACAGCGAUAUAAGGGGCAAUACUGUAUGGACAACGAGUGGGAGUCCAUACGUUCUCAAUGCCCAAGUCACGGUUCGCCCUGCUACACAUCUACAAAUACAGCCUGGAGUCGUAGUUAUUUUCAGUGCCACUGAUGCUGGUAUCCUCAUUCGAGGCUCUCUGACGGCGGCUGGUAUUCAAGGCUUGCCCGUAUCGUUCUGGUCAAGUGACGUUCCUUCUGGAGCACAAAAUCGUUGGAAAGGCCUCAGAACUGAACAAACAGGCGUACUCUCCUGCAAUUUUUGUACAAUACGACAUGCUAAUGUUGGUGCCAUGGGACCCCCUGAUUCCAUCUCUUUUAACAACACCAAAGUUUACUUUAACUCCUAUGGCAUAAUUUUAACAAAUGGAGGUUCUGGAACACAAUCAUUUUACCGUCUUCAAGUGUCACAAAAUUUGAAUAAUGGUUUAGUGGUAUCUGACGACUGGGUAUCACGAAGUGGACUUUUCUUUGAGGAAUGUACCUUUAAUCAGAACGGUAAACAUGCACUGGCGCUGUCAAGUUCGUGUGACGUUGAGUUAGUUCGAUGCAACGUUCGAUACAACCGGGAUUCCGGAAUAGCAUCAAGUGAUAACGGUAUUAGGAUGACCGUCACUGACAGUGAUAUAACAGGGAAUUACAAGUUUGGCUUCCAACUGUCGCACUCGGAAUAUGCUGACAUAGAAUCGUCUCAUGUUGACAACAACGGAGUAGGACUACAGCGAAGUAAUGGUGGGGAAACCAUAAUCCGAAACUCAACAUUUAGAUUCAAUUCAAAAGAAGCCAUUCUCGCCGAUCCUAGAUUAAACGGAAUUCUCAAUAUUUCUUCGUGCAUCUUUGAACGCAACAAACAUGGCCUGCGUAUUAAUGCCUGGGUGAAUCGAGUGAAUAGCCUUGUGACAAUCACGGGCUGCGAAUUUACAAAGAAUACAUACGCAGGUGUAUAUGUAAAAUCUGAUACAUAUAAGCAUACCUUUAACAUCUCUCUCACUUACAACACAUUUGAAGGUGGUCCGUCCUAUACAGAAGCCUAUGCGAUAUACAUUUCCCUUGAUGAUUUAAGCUCAAGCAGGUUCGCCUCUGUAGACAUGAGAGGAAACAACAUCACACAUUUUGCAGAUUCCAGCGGCAUCAGAGUGUAUCAAGGUAAUGGAAAUUCGAACUAUGCAAACAUACCUAUCAACAUCUCUGGAAAUCAUUUUGAAGAUUCCUAUAGUAGGUAUGCAUUGUAUCUAUAUGCUGAUGGAGUUGAUGUUGCCAACAACGUCUUCAGAAACAGUUCACGUGUGGGUUCUUUGAAAUUAACGGGAUCAAACAGCAGAAUAUACAGAAAUGUAUUCGAAAAUCCAAACUCGACAUACGACCUGAUUACGUACGAACUUUAUAAUGAUCAGACUUCUGUUGAUGCGAGCCGAAACUACUGGGGUAUCACAGAUCAACGGGGAAUCCGUUCACGGAUAUAUGACUUGUAUCAUAACAUCAGCAGAGCUGAGAUACAGAUUGACCCAUACUUCACAUCCAAGUCCAUGGACAUGACUUCAAGUGGGACCACCAUCUUCACUGAUGAUGAACCCUCUGACGUUGGAGGAGUGUUACAGGAAGAUGUCCUUGUUCGCCCAGAUCAGAGACUGAUGGUGAAGAGAACUAUUGUAGUGCCUGAAGGACAGACGCUUACCAUCAUGCCAAAUGUCACUCUUACCUUCCAUGGAGCCCAAGGGAUCAUUGUUAAAGGAACACUGAAAAUUAAUGGAUCAUCAACUUCACCUGCGUUUUUACAAAAUGGCACCAACAACGGAUGGGGAGGCUUGAUUCUUACGAACAGCAAUCUGGAAGUUACCCAUGGUGUCUUGAAAGCAGCAAGGACAAUUGAAAACCUCCGCAAGGAAAAAUGUUCCUCCAAGCUGGUGUUGUCUCUGCUCCAUAGCUAUGUUGAAGUAGAUUCUCUUAAACUGGGAUCUCACUGCUUCAAUGUAACAAUAUCAGAAUCUCAGCUGAUAACCCCGAAUAAUGAUAUAAGCCUGUCUACGUGUUCAGGGACAUCAACAAGCAAUGACACUGGAAAUAUUAUGUUAGAGAACUCUAAUGUCACCUCCAGGGCAGUAACAAUCACGACGAAAGGUGAUGCUGCCCCACAUGCGUUCACAGCAAGCGGGUCCGCUUUCAAUACAGGCGGUGUUUUAUGUGACUCAACCCACUCAUUAACGACUGUAAUGUUUCUGAACAAUACACUUAAUGUGUAUGAGGGACGCGUAUUCAAGGUAAAAGGUCAAUAUUUAGAUGCUGAAAUUGCAAAUAAUUCAUUUUUGGCUUCGGCGGGAACUGCUGAUAUAGAUCUUAGCGGUGAUGCUGAUAACAGGGUUAUAAUUAAGGAAAACAAUUUUAAUGUUGGAAAUAUGGAAUUUAAAUCAGAACAAUCUCUCGAUGAGAAAAUAGAUGCAACCAUGAAUACCUUCAAUUCUUGUCUGCUUACACUGAAAACGCCGGAUGUUAUCAUUACAAACAAUGUGUUUGAAACCAAUUUAGCCUACUUCAUAAAAUUCGCCAGCAAUGAUUUCAGGGAUACCAUUAUCAACGCUAGUUACAACUAUUGGGGGAAAGACACAUUUUCAGAUAUAGAAGUAAAGAUAUAUGACAAAUCUAAUGACGCAGUCCUACCUGAGAUAUCAAUCAUGCCAUUUUUCAAAGAUAGGGAAAUGACAGAACUUGUGGAGACAACACCUUUUCUUGACUCAAACGGAACAAUAGGCGGUACCGUUGGUGGGACCGUUACACUGACGAGAGCACAAAGUCCAUACACUGUCACAAGUAACAUAAUUGUUGGCAAAGAUGACACUCUGGCGAUAGAUGCUGGCGUGGAACUGCUGUUUAAAGACAGCGUUGGAAUGCGAGUUGAAGGAAGCCUCUAUGUUAUGGGAUCCAGAGAUAUGCCAGUACGAUUCAACCCAGCCACUGUAGGUAUACCAUGGGAGGGAGUGAAAGUGACUGAACAACCACGAAUCGUGCGGUUUGCUGGCGGUAGUGAUGAACGUGAAGGAAGAGUCGAGGUUCUGGUUGGAAGAGAAUACAGCACUAUCUGCGAUGAUGGCUUUGAUAUUCAUGAUGCUAAAGUGGUUUGCAGAAUGGCCAGCUUUGACCCUGAAGGUGGAGUGACGUAUUACGAUCGUGCAAAGUUUGGAUCUGGCUCUGGGACGAUCGAAUAUACAAAGUUACACUGUGUGGGCAACGAAUCACACGUAAACCAGUGUAUCAACAAACGAUCGUAUUGUUCUCAUUUCGAAGACAUCAGCGUCAGAUGCCAUGGGAAUUAUCUCACAGCGCCCACCCUUGACACUCAACUUGAAUAUCUAGAGAUAAAUGACACCCUUGAUGGAAUAGUUUUAAAUGGCAAUAUUACUAAAAUAUCAAAUGUAAAGUCCUCCUUCUCAAAAGCCAGUGGCUUUACUAUCUCCAAGUAUGGAACAUCCUUGCCCGUUAUGGAUGGCUUAGAAUCGUCGUCCAAUGGUUUACAUGGCAUUAGAAUUCAUGGCAUAGACAAACAUUCAAGAUCCACUGUGGUUGGUUGUGUGUUGUCCGGAAAUGGAAAGUAUGGGAUAUAUUUAUCAGGAUUUGGCCUUGUAACGGUGGAUAACUGCACUGUUGCAGAUAAUCUCAUUGGGAUCGGUUCCGAAUCGUCUGUGUAUUUAGACAUUGCCGUAACAAACAGUGUCGUGAGAGCUAACACAAGAUAUGCCAUGUAUCUGUACCCUGGUUCAAACAGCAACCAUGAGGUGCGACUCAGUGUCCGUAGAAGCAGUAUGAUAGCACAUGACACACGAUACAAGGAAUACUCAUUUUCGUCACAGUUUAGUUAUAGAAGAGUUAUUUAUAUGGGGGGAUUUUCUAUCACAUCUGGGGAGAUACAAUUUGAAGAAAAUGUAUUUGAAGGAAAUGUAGCGAGUGUAUUUGUAUUUGAUUAUUACCGCCAGAAAGGACAUACCACAUUGAUCAUUGCUAACAAUACUUAUGUUAAUAACACAGGCCAGAUAUUCAGUAUCAAGUUACAGAGUCAAAGUGGACAUGAUGUAAACAUAACAUCAAAUACAUUCUGUAAUAACCACGCCCUUUCAAGCACUGCUCCUAUGAUAGCGAUAUAUGAUAUACAAUCGAGCUCAGUGAUACACAUUUCAGGAAACGUGUUCAGGAACAAUACUGCCCCAAGUGUAAUUCAUAUGCCGAAAGAGGAUCGUACAUUUUCAAACAUUAAGAUCAAUAACAAUUCCAUGGUUUUGAACCAAGUUACGAAUGUCCUUCUCAUUGAAAUAUACGAAAUAGAGAUAAACAACAAUUCCUUCUUCAAUCCAAAUGCAUUAUGUGAGCUGAAGGUGGCCGGUUUCAAGAGCAAUCUGGAGAAUGAUGCAAGAUGGAACUACUGGGGAUUCACUGAACUGUCUCAAAUCAAGGACAGAAUAUGUGGAUUUGACGUCAAUAUGGAGCUUGGAUUUGUAUCGUAUAUUCCUUUUCUACUGUCCAAUACAACAAUGUCUGUGGCAAGUGUGAGGCCGACUGAUUUCUUUGAGUUGGGAGCAGUUGGAGGAGUUGUGGAGGAGGAGAUAACUCUGACUGGACGGUCCGAACCAUACGUCAUAGAGAGGUCAAUAAUGAUCAGGAAUGAAGGAAGACUUGCCAUUCAUGCUGGAGUUCAGCUUCUCUUCAUGCAAAAAAGGGGUAUUUAUUCCUAUGGUUUUCUUGAGACCAUAUCAUCCAGCUCCGAGCCAGUUGUGCUGAAAUAUCAUACAAUGAAGCCCUGGCAUGGAAUUGUUUUCAAUUACAAAGCAGGGAUCAUUUUACGAAAUGUCAAUAUAACUGGAUCACAUUAUGGCUUGGUGACCUACACAGACAACAUGACGAUGUCAGACUGCAGAAUCGCACACACAGAGAGAUCUGGGAUGACGAUAGGGUAUGGUGUAACAAUGGUAAACCUGGGUCGAUCUGCUAUUGUUGAGAGUAAAAGAUACGGUAUUGUGAUCCAAUCAAAUUCCUUAUUGUUGCGUAAUGGGAUUGUACACAGCAAUGCCCUGAGCGGAGUUUAUCAUAAAGGUAAAACAGGAAGUAUUUCUCUGGAGGAAAUGGAAAUCCUCAACAAUGAUGAGUUUGGUGUUUAUGUGAAACUUGACUCUUUCAACGGAAAUCACCAAAUUAAGAUAAGAAACUGUUUUGUUCAUGAUCAUAAGAACAUGCCUGCAGUUCGUCUGAUAUCAUCAAGAUACUAUGAUGGCUUUUCAAACAUAACAGUAAGCCACUGCACCUUCGAGAACAAUGAUGGAUCUGCGCACAUUUCAGCAGUUGGGAACGCUGGACGGGAUGACAGAAAAAAGAUUGUUAUGAGGUCAAAUACAUUAAGAGGUCAGGGUACCGCUGUCAUCGUCACCACCGGUAUGAGUGAGGUCUUGGUUACUGACAACAGGGGAAAUAAUAUCACGUCAGAUUCAAAAUGUUUAUUUGAUAUAGACUUGCAGAAGGGAUCAUGGAGCAGUCAAACUUUAGCAUUAUCGGUCAGCUCCAAUGUCAUAACACAAGUAUCUGGACGUUGUGCAUUUUCUUUAUCAGCGUUUCAAACGCCAGGUGGAUCCUUCUUGUAUAACCAGAUUUCACAAUCACAUUUUACUGAAGGGACAGUUACUUUAAAUUUAGAAAAUUACACGUUAUCUGAGAACAUUUUGGACAAUCCAAGUUCUGACUUUGAGCUGAAAGUUACUAAACUGGGCAGUGGCUAUAUCAAUGCCUCACACAACUGGUGGGGCACAACCGACGAAAAUGUGGUCCGAGACAAAAUUGUGGAAAGAUCUGAUGACCCAAGACUCUUGAAUGUAAUACACCUACCAAUAUCGGUAAACCAGGCAUUUGACUGUUCGCAAGUGAACAACUGCAGUGGCAAAGGAGAGUGCGUCAGACCAAAUGGAUGUAGCUGUAUCAGCGGAUGGAAGGGGGAUGACUGUGAUGAGUACGACUGUUCAGACCUCAGCGAAUGUAAUGGCGGAAGAUGUGUCGGACCCAGCCUCUGCGAGUGCGUUGAUGGGUGGAUGGGCGAGUCGUGUGCUGUUGCUACCUGUUACAAGACCAAUAACUGUUCAGGGAGAGGAUUCUGUGGAGAGCCGGAUAGAUGUACUUGUCUUUCCCAGUACAGAGGAGAAUCGUGCGAGGCCUGUGCUCCAAAUACAUGGGGAGGCAACUGUGCAGCCUGUCCUAAGUGUGUACAUGGCUCAUGCGACGCACAGACAGGAACCUGUAUUUGCGAGAGUCCCAACUGGAGUGGCAACCUGUGUGAUCAAUGCAAUGAAACAUUCUAUGGACCAGAUUGCCUCCCUCUACCAACUGUCCUCAGCGUGUCUCCGGAUGCAGGCCCUGACGUUGGGGGGACACCUGUCCAUAUAAGAGGACAUAACUUCAAGUUCUCAAACACCAGUAAUUACAAAUGCAAGUUUGGAUCAGUAACCGUUGCAGCUCAGAGGGUCAAUGGACAGCAUUUCACGUGUAUCUCACCUACACUAAGCCAGAGAACAGUACAUGUUGAGAUAAGUUCAGACGGAGUGCACUUCACUAACAAUAAGGUUUCUUACACCUUCGUUGUACAAUGUCCCACAACGGCUUGUGGGGAUACAUACAGUCCACCUCAUGGUCAAUGUCUGUUUGGACAAUGCACAUGUACGCUCCCCUGGACAGGAGAUUCUUGUUCAGUACAAGCCCUACCGCCAGUAGUGAGUGCCAUAAAUGAUUCUCAGUUGACCGAGGGACAGAGCUACGAACAGAAGAUGUCGCUUGUACAGGGUACCCAUGCAAUUCGCUGGAGACUGAUUUCAUCUCCCCUGGGAAUGACGAUCGAUCAGGACACUGGGAACAUCACUUGGAUCUCUGCCACUGGUAGAUCUACUCCCUAUGUCAUCAAAGUUCGUGCGCAAAAUAUUGUUGGUCACCAUGAUGUCCAGUGGCUGUUGUCAGUUCCUCUGUCCUACAGUGCUGUAGUGGAUAGUCUGACACCCUCGGGGACGUUGGCAUAUCCGACACAAAUCCGUAUAUCUGGACAUCUUGACGUGUCUGGAAGUAACUGGAAUCUCACUUCAGCUGUGGUUACAAUCCAGAUAAGAAACAAAAACAUAGUACGUGACUUGGAAGCUCAGGCUGAAGACACAAGACCGUUUCUGUUUACCGCCAUCUAUUACCCACGGCCAGAUGACAGUGGCGAAUUUAGUGUGAGCGCAAGUCAUCCGGCUGAUACUGAGUUUCUGGAGCAAAAGAACUGGCGUGUCCAGAGCAUGAUCUGUGACCCAAAGUUUGUGUCGCUCACAGCCUACCUCGAUACGCCAACAGUCACUUUUCCUGUCGUUGCAAAUGUUACAAAUAAUGGACUGGACUCACUGGAGAACAUUUCUGCGACGGUUCAGAGUUAUUCCUACACUGUUGAUUCUGCAUGGGUCCAAUUCGGCGAACAACGCACAAACAUCACAAGGCUUCCUCCAAUGGCAACUGUGACACUUCACCUCAUCAUUGAGCAGAAGCUGCCUUUGCAAACAGAGUUGUAUGUGGUAUUACGUAGUGAGCGGGGAACGAGAACAGUAUUACGAGUGAGACUAAAUCUAAAGAUAAGGAGACCUCUUCUCAAGUUAUCACCAUCCACAAUCAAGACAGCUGCAGCAAGAGGAAAACAAACAAUUUUCAACAUCAAUAUCACGAACACUGGUGAGGCACCAGCUGAAGACAUCAAUGUCCAAAUUCCCGAUGGAUUGCCUGUGAAAGUGGCAGCUAUAUCCAAGCUCCAUUCUUCUUCAUCUGGAAAGUUGGACCUGGAACCGGGAGAAACAGCAACAGUUGUUUUCGUCUAUACUGUGCUCGCGGACAGACAGCUUGGUGAAACGUCUGGGAACUUGGUGAUCGGCUCUCAGGAUGCCUCGUCUUCGCUUGCUUUUACAUUCUAUAUAACUUCUGAUGACCGCCACGGCAUCCAGGUCCUUGUGGAGGACGAGUACACAUACUUUGCAGCUGAUAAACCACUGUUAGCUGAGGCAGAGGUGACACUGAGACAACCACGGAGAAUGUUCAGCAAGACGGCCAUUACAAAUGAAUCAGGCACUGUAAAUUUUGACGGGAUCUAUGCAGACCGGUAUACCCUGCAGGUUGAAGCAGCCAACCACACAUCCAAGUCUGUCAUCAUCGUUGUGGAUGGCAGCAAAUCUACGUACAGGAUCUUUCUCCAGCGCACCGCAGUAACAUACACGUGGUCUGUCACAAAGACAACAUUCGAGGACAAGUACACAAUCACGCUGGAAUCAACGUUUGAAACAAGGGUUCCUAUGCCUGUUGUCACUAUAGAACCUGCUAAAGUCAACUUUAUUCCGUACGAAGAAGGACGGUUAACAAGAAUGGUGUUUACUCUGACCAACCAUGGCUUUAUCCGUGCAAAUAAUGUCAGGUUUUCAUUACCGAACCAUCCAACUUUACAGUUCGUGCAGAUGGUCGACCCUAUAGGAAAUUUGGAUGCAAACACCAGCAUAAUUGUCCAAAUCGACGUGCUGCCAAAGAAGAUAAGCAAGCGUUCCUCAUCAUCCGUGUGCGGUUUUAUCGUGCUGUAUGACUACAUCUGUGGUUCGGUUAGAACAAACAGCGCCUCUGUGAGAUUAACACGGCAGUAUCCUGGCCAGCCUCCUGUACCGUGUGGUGGGGGGAAGAGUCGGCUUCCGCGGAGGAUCAGUAUAUGGAGGAGGUAGUUUCGCAGCGCGGGGGUAUGUCGGUACCAAUAUACCUUGUGACUGUGUGAAGGGGCUCAUUGACAACUGUUACAUACCACUACUUCGACUCCCUUUUGAGCUGAUACCAGGAGUUGGGUG